UAUCAUGGCGGAAGUGUAGUCACAGACCGGAAGUCCGCGUCAUUCCUCGCAGCUGAGUAGAACCGGCUCAAACACACUGAACUUAUUUUAUCUGUAAAAAGACGAAAGAAACAUAAACUUUCAUUUCCUUUUGGACACAACAUGUCGGACGAAGCCACGCGCAGGGCCGUGUCUCAGAUCCCGCUGCUGAAGACUCCGGCGGGGCCGCGGGACCGGGCUCUGUGGCCGCAGCGGCUGAAGGAGGAGUACCAGGCUCUGAUCCGGUUCGUGGAGCAGAACAAGGCCGCGGACAACGACUGGUUCCGCCUCGAGUCCAACGCGGACGGGACGCGGUGGACCGGCACGUGCUGGUUCAUCCACGAGCUGAUGCGCUACGAGUUCCGGUUGGAGUUCGACAUCCCGGUGACGUAUCCCGACACCGCGCCCGAGGUGGCGGUACCGGAGCUGGACGGGAAGACGGCGAAGAUGUACCGGGGCGGGAGGAUCUGCCUCACCGACCACUUCGCGCCGCUCUGGGCCCGGAACGCGCCGCGCUUCGGGCUCGCGCACCUCAUGGCGCUGGGACUCGGACCGUGGCUCGCGGUGGAAAUACCGGAUCUGAUCGGUAAAGGGCUCGUGCUCCACAAGGAGCGGCAGCGCGACGAGGCGGCGGAGUGACGUCAGCGGACAACACGUUCAAGACUUUUGAAUGGAAACGGAACCAAAACACGAAGAGUGACGUCAUGCUAAGGUGUAAUGACCGUCACCGUGAGGAGCUGAGCAGUGUUGUUUAUAAAGUUUAUUUAAAUGGACUGACACACGGACACUGUUCUACAAAUGUCCACAGAAGUUAUUUUUUGAUUAAAGUGACUUGGGUUUAUAUCACAUUAAAAUCAUGUGAUAACAUG